UUAAUACACGUUGCUAAUGCAGUAAAGGAGCAUAGAAAUCGAACUGUGUUGGACUAUAACACAAAUCGUGUUUUAUCGUAAUACAUUUUAAAAGCUAAAGGCUAAUAGUCUACCCCAAAGUGUUAAACCGGUUAGCAGAACAGAGAGCUCCCAUUCACCAGCACGAUCCGUGGCCUGUGUGAUCUCAGUGGCCUCUCCGAGUUUUAUUCAUGAGUUUCAAAUGGAAUUGUGUUAAAGGCCCCGAAUAUUUAAUUUCUUUAGCAACAUGAGGCAUGUAUUGGUACGGCUGGGGUCCCUUAGUGCCCUUACACACGUCUAGUGCUUUAAUCAGAAGCACGCUGGAAUCUGUGAAGUGUCGAUAAGGACGUAAGAGAACACAGCCUUCCCCGAAAUUUGGAUAUAAAACAGCUGCAAUCCGGCCAACGACCCCCUCCCCUCUCCUUGCUCUGUACACCUUGGAUUAAAACAUUUCCUCAGAGUAUUCUCUUCACUCUGACUUGAACGGUUUCUGCAAAUUGGCCAGGUCUCCUGCAACCCAAGGCCCUCCAGCGAGCACCAUGGGCAGUAAAACUAUUCCGGCGCCAGUGCCUAUUCAUCCAUCGCUACAGUUGGCCAACUAUGCAUUUCUGCAAGCUUCCAACGGCAUCCCGACCCCUUCAGAACAGCUACACAACCUAUACGGUUUCAGCACCCUGCACACGGUCCAUCUCCACCAGUGGACGCUGGGUUACCCUCCCAUGCCACUGCCCCGUUCUUCCUUUUCCAAAGUGCCUGCUGUUUCCGCUCUGGUGGACACGCGCUUCCAGCUGCCUGCAAUCCCCAUCUUCCCGCACGUUUUCCAGCCGAAACAGGAAUCCAGCAGCUUCCCCAACAAGACCAGGCCCAGGUUUGACUUCGCGAAUUUGGCUAUCGCGGCCACCCAGGAGGAUCAGCCCAGUCUGGGACAGAUAGACGGACAGUGUUCUCCCUCGGCCAUUGGCUCCCUCCUAGAUGCCACAAAGUUAUCCCCGGAAAGGAAACCCACCAGGGGCAGGCUGCCGUCUAAGACCAAAAAAGAAUUUGUCUGUAAAUUCUGCGGGAGGCACUUUACCAAAUCCUACAAUCUUCUAAUACACGAAAGGACCCAUACCGAUGAACGGCCCUAUACGUGUGACAUUUGCCACAAGGCAUUUAGGAGACAGGAUCAUCUCCGUGACCACAGGUACAUUCACUCCAAAGAAAAACCCUUCAAAUGUCAAGAAUGCGGUAAAGGAUUUUGCCAGUCCAGAACGUUAGCUGUUCACAAAACACUGCAUGUGCAGGAAUCUCCGCAUAAAUGCUUGGCGUGUGGCAGAGUGUUUAAUCAGAGAAGCAACUUGAAAACUCAUCUCCUCACUCACACUGACAUAAAGCCUUACCACUGCCGUCGUUGUGCCCAGCUUUCCCGCCGGAACUGUGAUCUGAGGUGUCACAGACUCACCCACAUUCUCAGAAACAGGCCUGGAUUGCCAAGGGCUGCAAAAUGUGGAGAGAGAGAGACCUUAGUGGAGUUGAUCAGGUCUGGUCGCUCCAGAGUUUAGAAUUGUAGGAUGGAAUAGUGAUUUAAUCUCAGCUAGGAGCCAAAGAAAGCGACAACAUUGGAGACUUUGUGGAUGUUUGAAUGUGAAAGGAGCGCCUGACGGAGAAGAUUGAGGGACAGUGUGUCAUUUGUUGUGUAUGGUUUAGAAAGCCAUGUUCAUUGUGACGGUAGGAUACAAAGCGGAGACCCAACACUUCAGCCCCUUCAGGUGAAAAUCUAAUACCGCCAAAAAUACACAUAGUUGCAGCAACAGACCGUUGAAAACUGGGUUGAAAACUGCACUCCAAGCCUGCAGUGGCUGUGAACUGCGUUGUUUGAUAGACUGCAGUCGUCUAGACUCAGUGCUAAACUCGUGCGGACUAGAAACCGGGCACACUUCGUUAGUAGACGACAGGAACGAAACCAGAACAAAGGAGCACGCAACCAUGCAACAUAAGGACACUCGAAGCUACAUUCCAAUCGGCGGAAUUUUUUUUCAAAAAAGACACAAAUUGUUCUUUGUAAAUGUUUUUUGGCACUUUACGCUGUUUUUUUUUUUACUACUUUCAUGUAUCACUGGAUUUCUAAUCUUUUGAAACGAAUAAAUGGCCAUUUUUAGGCA